CUCCAUUCAGGAGCGGCGAGGCAGUACUGCUGAAAGCAAACCAGUUCAAAGGACUCAACAUUUAACACUUCAAGCAUCUGGUUAGCUCUUUAAAGGAAUGGAUAACCUGGGGUCUUCUUUCCCAUGCCACAGUCAUUGCUGGGUGAUGCCAACUGAAGCUAAAUAUAGAAGCUUCACAACCAAUCCUAGUUUGAUCUGCAGUGGUUCCUUAGUAUCACGUCCUGCUUGUGCCCUUAGACCAUUCUUCCCCGCAAGGUGCUUGUGUCUUGGCCAUUACUCCUGUUUUCCUGAUACAACAUGUAAGGCAGUAAAGAAUUUGGAGGAAUCAUUGGACACGGUUGGCAUUCCUGUUCUUGCAAGAAGGGGCACUGAUGGGUAUUAUUACCUUGGCACAAUAAUACAGAAGGUAGAGGGUGAGAAAAGAACAUUCCUUGUACGCUUCUCCAAGCCCUUUGCAGAGGAAGACACAACUUGCAUACAAGCAACAGCCAGCGGUGACAUCCUUGAGUAUGUGAAUGGAAUGAGACAUUCCAUAUUGCCAGGUGACAAAGUGAUGGCACCUUGGGAACCGGAGCAGAAGAGAUAUGGCCCCGGCACGGUCAUUCUAGGAGCUGAGCACAGGGAUCCCCUGAAAGCCAAAGAAGAUGAAGAAAUUACAGUCAGCUUUUGGAAUGGCAAGAAAGCACGUGUUCCACUUGGCGUAGCCUUGUGGAUCCAGCCAACCCAAUGGGAAAGGAUUGUGGAGAUGAUUCAUAUGCCCCUCACCAGCAGGAAGAGGUUUGAAGGGCAACUUCACCCGGCUAGCUGUAACAUCUGUUCAUAUAGGCCUGUACCAGUUUCUGUGCACGCAUGUACUUUAGGAGGCCUUCUGAAAUGGCAGUGGCCAUAUUGCCCUUGUACAUGUCCUUCUCCUAGUUACUUUCAUCACACUUGCUCUUCGCUUGCGCACGGACAAUAUAGCUGCUGCUGCCUUAAACCCAGUGGCUGGUUAGGCCAGCCUUUUCCAGCUGCCUUUUCUCUGAGAGAUAUCAAAGAGGAUGAUUUCAGCAGGAAGCUCUUCCCCCAACAGCUAGCACUGGAAGGUCCUUCAAAAGACCAGUCAACUGUUGCCACACCCAGCUCUUCUUCAUGCGGCUCAGAAUCUCCAAGUGAUGAAGAGCAGCAUCUGACCAAGCCCACAAUGGUAGAUCAUGCAGUAAAUACAGAUUCUACCCUUUUUGAUAAGCCCAAACUGAAAGAAAGCAGACCAGACUGGAAAUAUUGGAAGAGAAGUCAUCCCAGUUCCUUAUACAAUAGUCAAGAAACCAACAUUUGGGGUAGCGGCUGUGGAAAGAAGAGAGCUGAAACCCGUACCACCUCCUAUACGGAUAGGUCUCCAACUACUUUAAUGAACCAUAGUGCCAUGUUUGAAACUACUGAACAGUCUCCCCGAAGACUUCUUACUGUGAAAGAAGUCCUGACCCAUGAAGGUAUAAAACCAUUUGCAGGUGGAGGGUAA